AUGGAUUUCGCGGCUCUUAUGUCGAAGGAAAUUUCCAAGGCCAAAGGUCCCGCCACCCCCAGCUCAGCAUCAUCAGAAUCAGAAAAACCCAAAGCCACAGGAAAGAAAUAUGCUCGUCGCGGAGAAGAAGAAGCCGCUCGAGUCGCCGCAUACAAUGAAGAACAAGAAAGACUGCGACGCGAACGAGAAGAACGCUACACACAAAAACGCAAACUGGAAGAGGAGGAGGCAGACCGUAAGCGUGAACGCGAGGACAAAAAGCGAAGACUGGCCGAGGAAUCACGCAAGAAGAGAGAGGAGCAGGAGGCCAAGGUGGAACGAGAACGAAGGAAGAAACUGGGCUUGCCCGAGCUGCCUACCCCGAGCGACAAGGACGACACCCCGCUGGCCGAUGCAGAGGAAGACAUACCAGAUGAGGAACUCACGGAGAAGCUGCGAGAAUUGAACGAACCAACCCUCCUCUUUGGAGAGAACCACAACACCCGUCUGCGACGCUAUCGCAAACUCGUCGAACGUGCUGCGCAGCCCAAAUUAUCCGACGGACCCAUCCCCACGACCCUGGAGCUGGUCCCUGAGAUCGACAUGAAGAUUUCCAGUACAGUUCCUAAAGAAAAGGAAGCACGCCACUUCCUCGCCAGGCAACUGGCUUCGUACUUCAACAUGCUCCUUUCAGAAUGGGAGAUCGCCCUGGCAAAACGCGACCUGUCAAUCAGGGAGAGCUUUCAGGGUAAACAAGCCUACAAUGCAAUGGUGCAGUCAAGGGAGAACAUGAAACCACUGUUUCGGAAACUCGAAAAGGAGGAGCUCGACAAAGGUGUUCUAGAGCCGAUUGUUGAAAUCGCUCACAAGGCUCAGCAGCGGAGAUAUGUCGAUGCAAACGAUGCUUAUCUACGAUUGAGUAUUGGAAAAGCAGCAUGGCCCAUUGGUGUAACCAUGGUUGGUAUCCACGAGCGAUCAGCACGAGAAAAGCUACACCAAGGCGACCAACAGGCACACAUUCUGAGUGACGAGCUUACACGCAAAUACCUCCAAAGCAUCAAACGGUGUCUGAGCUUUGCUCAAGUUCGGUGGCCUCCAGAUGACCAGCUGCAGAUGAUGGGUUAG